AUGAAAUCCAGGAAAGUGAAAGCAUCAACAUCGGUACCAAAUCUGUAUAAAGCCCAACUCUUGACUCGAUUUGCGGACAAUGACAACGACGAUGAAAUCUUUGGAGAUAUAGAAGGAAUAGACUUUGGACAUAAUCCUCUGCAGUUAAACAAUAACCAGAAUGUAUUACCCCUGGGGAUAAAUCGACAUGAUGAUGGAGUUGAAACGCUCAAAAUGGAACAACUUGUACUUGAAGAUUCACCUAUAAAUAAAACGACACCUUCUCCAUCAUACCAUAUUGGAGACAAGCUUGACUCUCUCAAACCCAGAUCCAAGAGCUCCACUAGUAGUAGUGGCGAGGUUGCACAUCGAAGAGUAAUGAGGGAAUGUUUGAGUGAAUAUAGUGAGGAUUUAGAUACCGAUGUUACCUCUGAAUUUACUGAUAACGAUUUCCAAGGCUUGGAUGAUAUUUUCCAGGGGGAAACUUCGAUGAAACAACGAUUGAAUGCAAAAAUAAGCGAACAAGAGAAAGUUGCUGAACGGGAACAAGAGGAAUUAAGAAUGCUAUAUUCAUCCAGGCGGGAGAAGAUUAUAGAUUUUGACAAUGAUCCUAAUCAAACUUUAAAGCUUAAGGAUUUUUCCAUGUUUCAACAAGAUAAUAAGUUAACUAAUGAAAACCUUAACCUUUUAGACAUGAUUGAAAGUGAAAAUACUGUAAAUUAUGAAUAUACCCGGGAUGAUUUUGCUAAAUUUGAAGAUGGAUUUGAUGUAAAUUUCGAACAGAAUAUUCAAAGGCAAAUUAAACAAAAACCUCCUAUUCGAGCCAAACAAUCUAUGCCAGUAUUAAGAGGAAAUAAUGGUUCUGCAGUUAAAAAAUUUAAAUCAACUAUGGAUUUUGGAACCCUCAGGGGUAUACGAGAAGCCGAUAUUGACGAAGAAGAAGAAGAAGAAGAAGUGGCAGCAGAUCUUCCUGAAUUUCAUUUUAAUAACAAUAUAAUCAGGAAACUUGAUCGAAUUCCAUCAUUUUACAAUAACAAUACUAGCAAUAACAAUCCCGCCAAAGCUGAACUUUUAAACAAGUAUAAAGAACAACACGAGCAUAAGCACAAGCUGAAAAUUAAACAUCAAAAUCCCAAACCCAAGCUUGGGACCGUAAAAUACCUUAACAAUAAUAGCAUAAUUACCGAUCCAGUAUACCCCACGCCAAAGAAGACUAUGAAAUUCAAUGCCGCCAUGAAUCGAUGGGAAGGCAAUGAAAUUGAUUUAGUGCGUUUUGAAACCGUGACUAAACCUACCUUGAUAACGUUCCGUGAAUUACAACAACAAAAAGAACAACCAAAGACUAAACCAAAUAUGGUUUAUGAUCAAGAAAACCUUCGAUGGGUUAAUAUGAAUCAUGAUGACGAAUCAGUAUUUCAUGAUAUUCCUGAUUUGGUUGAAGCCAAACCAUAUAGAUUGAAUUCCCCGCCAGGUCUAACCCCUUAUCCCCAACAGCCACAAGAACCACAACGAAUUUCGCCUAUUAACCGAGGCGCUAGUCAGUUUACUCAACGAACAAUGUCAUCGCUAACAAGUAAGUCCAAUUUGCAACAAGAUGCAGAACAAUGGAGACAAGAAUUCCAAUUAUCUGGAAAACUAAUUGAAAAAUUCCAAAAGGAAGAAGUUAAAAUCGUUAAAAAGAUUAAACGAUGGUUUAUUAAUGGUAUUGGCGAUUACCAAUUUAAUCGAGAUUAUUAUUGGGAGAUACGAAAAAUGGUUAUGGAAAAUGAGUAG